CUUGUAACUAAAACAACACAACAUCUUCAAAUGUCAACUAAAUCAUUUAAAACAGAAUUCGCGGUCGAAAUGACAUGCGAGUCGUGUGUUCAAGAUGUCACAAAAGUAUUGAAGGGUAUCGAAGGCGUAAAUUCAUUUGACGUUGACCUUGCAGAAAAGAAAGUGGUUGUAGAGGGACCAGUAAUAAUUCAGGAGAUAGCACCACCAUCAUUUAUUUCUAGACAAUUGAAGGAUACUGGUCGUACUGUGAUCGUACGUGGACAAGGCGUACCCGACGGACAAGGCCAUUCUGGUGCCGCUGUCUGUAUCUUUGAUUGUUAUGGUACCGACCCUACUGUUAUUUUGCCUUCAGGAAAAUCUGGUUUGGCAAGAUUUGUCCAGGUCGACCAAGAUACUUGCUUGAUCGACUUGACAAUUCAGGGACUUUCUCCCGGUAAGCACGGCAUUCAUAUUCACGAAACUGGUGAUAUUUCAGAAGGUUGGAAAUCAACUGGUGAUCAUUAUAACCCCACAAAUGUAUCCCACGGUGAUGGUAUUCAUGAUGGUCAUAUUGGUGAUCUUGGCAAUGUUAUUGUAGAUGAAAACGGUUGGGGCGAUCUUGUCAUUGAGAGCACCAGAGUUAAAGUUUGGGAUAUUAUUGGCAGAAGUAUUGUUGUAACAGAAAAUGAGGAUGAUUUAAAAGACACAACGGAUGAUGGUAACAGCGGCAAUGGUAUUCUCUGUGGUAUUGUUGCUCGUAGUGCUGGUGCGUUCGAGAACACUAAACUAGUAUGCGCUUGUUCCGGAAAGACGCUAUGGGAAGAAGCACGUAUACUGGAGGAAGAAGCUAAAUAG